GAGAUGUCGAGCGUCGGAGGAGCGGUGGUGGCGGCGGCCGCCGGCGGUGGUGGCGCGGUGACGCCGCACGUUCUUGCGGUGGAUGACAGUUCGGUUGACCGCGCCGUCAUCGCUGCCAUCCUUCGGAGCUCUCGGUUUCGUGUGACGGCUGUGGAAAGCGGGAAGAGGGCCCUGGAACUGUUAGGCUCGGAGCCGAACGUGAGCAUGAUAAUCACCGAUUACUGGAUGCCGGAGAUGACGGGAUACGAGCUCCUCAAGAAAGUCAAGGAGUCGUCGAAGCUGAAGCAGAUCCCCGUGGUGAUCAUGUCCUCGGAGAACGUGCCGACUAGAAUCAGCAGAUGCCUGGAGGAAGGAGCAGAGGAUUUCCUAGUGAAGCCCGUCCGUCCAUCGGAAGUGUCCCGCGUCUUCAACCGCGUGCUUCGUUGA